AUGGUUGAUCUUGGGUCGACUCGCUUGCUUGAGCUUGCGUCGUGGCUUGCAGUGUACGUGAGCUCCUCGUCGACUAUCCUGCUGGGGCAGAGCGAGCCCAACACCUACGACGCCGCCUACUCCCCCGGCUACUACAACGCCUCCCUCCUCUCCACGGCCAGCACCUCCAGCAGCCUCUACUACGAGAGCGCCAAGAUCAGGAGCAUCUUCUACGAGGGCGACGAGAACGAGGCCCAGGAAAUCAGCCUCUACGUAGAAGGUGGAGAUUCUGAGGAUGAGGACAACGCCACGGGUCAUUAUGAAGCCAUAUACGAGGUCAUUAACCCUGCAGAGGACGAACACCUCCAGCGGAGUGAUGACCAGGACUUCGACGACUCCUUUGAUUCUGAUGAUUCGGACGAAGCCUACUCUCGUUUGAGGCCUCAGUUCCUUGAUGAUGGAUCUCAGACCUCCAGGGACCAUCCUGAGUCACUGAGUUCAGAAGUCUCUGCAUCAGACAAGCUACAGCAACAGAAUGCACAGCAACAGCAGCAGCAACAGUAUGGAAUUACCAAGAUUGCUGAGGCGGCCAACCUCGGCAUGCGGAGACUGAGGAGGAACUGGUCACUAACGAAGAAUGAAGUCAGAACAGGCCUGAAUCGUAUUAAAAAGAAAAGCACUUUCAGCGCCUCGGACAUCAAAAGUACAGAAAAUCUAGCAUGUGAUAUGAGCCCCAAUAGUGCAGAUAAUAAGAGAAAGUGGUCCUUCAAGAGCCACUUCAGACGGAAAUCCUCGGCAGGUUCGGUCACUUCGGUAACGCGAGCAGGACCCCCAGCUUCCAAGAAGGAGUCGGCCACGUUCUACCUUACCCUCACAAUAGAAACGGAAAGACAGGAUGCAGGGGAGAUGUCCGAUGCUUCCCAGCGCACCAUCCGCUCAGAUUCGGAGAGUGUGCUGUCCAACGCUAGUACGAAAGAAUAUAGGAAGUCCAAUACUCCUUCAAUAGCAUCUGUCACAACGCAGAGCUCUUGUGAUGCCAGUAUGCAAACGAGACAACGACCAGUGUCUAGUAUAUACAGUAAGAAGGGAUCGACAGGUUCUUGUAGCAGUGGACCAGUCAGGCCGCGUACAGCACCUCCAGCUCCACCUCCAAAAGAGAAACAUGUUGAUUCAAGAAACACAGAAACUGAACCUGAGGAACUUAGCAAGGCAAAUGUAGCAUCCAAGCUGAAUCAGCUGUUGUCUACAGGACCCACAGCUCCUCCAGGGAGAAGAGUCCUCCGUACAUCAGAAUGCUCAAGCAGUGACACUUCUCCAGUCCCUGUUCUGAUUCAUCCAGAUGACAAUGGAUAUGCUGGAUUGAGGCCAAACAGUGUGAAAUAUGCCACCAUUGACAUGAGUACUCUAGUGUCUAACAGUGGUGGGGACUCCAGUGGGGAUGAAAGAGCCUUAGGAUUAGAGGUAGCCAACUCCAUCAUGCAAAAUGUGCCCCAAGCUCGCACGUCUGUUGUGAGCGCUGUGUCCCAUGGGUCAAGUGAAGGAUACAUUCGUCCUGCAGACAUUGAUGGCAUGAGGGCCAGGCGGCCGUUGGUUGGACGGUCUCCCGCCCGGCACGGGCAGCCCGACUGGCCUUCAGCAGGAACCACCAGGAUUGGCAAGUUCGCCACUGGCGCCCAGUCUGUUCAGCAUUGA